AUGCAAUAUUACCCGACUAGUGUUUUUACCUCAGUUGUUAUCACAUUUUCUAUCACUCUGAAUAUUUUGUUUCUCUUAAAAAGCUUUUUAGACCGUUUUCGUAGUGGCGGUGGUCGUAACCAGCUGCCUCCAUGCCCGCCGGGAUUCCCGAUCAUCGGGAACUUAGUCGGAAUGCUAAUGAACCGACCAACUUCCAAGUGGAUAGUUCGUGUUAUGAAAGAAAUGAAGACGGAUAUAGCUUGCUUCCGGUUCGGUCGUGUUCACGUCAUUGUCGUAACCUCCGAUGAGAUUGCCCGAGAAGUCGUUAAAGAGAAAGACUCCGUCUUUGCGGACAGGCCCGACUCUUACUCCGCCGAGUACAUUAGUGGCGGGUACAAUGGAGUGGUGUUCGACGAGUACGGAGAGAGGCAAAAGAAGAUGAAGAAAGUGAUGACAUCGGAGUUGAUGUCUACAAAAGCUUUAAACUUAUUACUCGACGUUAGAAACUUAGAAUCAGACAACCUCCUCGCUUAUGUCCUUAACCUAUACAACAAAGGUGAGUCCAAGAAGAGCGUCGUAGUGAACGUGAGGGAUAUCGUGUGCACUCACACUCACAAUGUGAAGAUGAGACUCUUGUUCGGACGGAAACAUUUCAAGGAAACAACAAUGGACGGGAGUCUUGGACCUAUGGAGAAAGAACAUUUUGACGCCAUUUUCAAGGCUCUUGAUUGUUUCUUUAGCUUUUACAUAGCCGAUUAUUACCCUUUCUUUAGAGGAUGGAAUCUUCAAGGAGAGGAGGCUGAGUUAAGAGAAGCCGUUGAUGUUAUCGCUAAGUACAACAAGAUGAUUAUCGAUGAGAAGAUAGAGUUGUGGAGGGAGAAGAAUAAAGACUACGAUGCAAUGAAGAAGAAUGAUGUUUCCGAGAUCAAAGAUUGGCUCGACAUUCUCUUCACUCUUAAAGAUGACAAUGGGAAGCCAUUACUAUCACCGCAAGAGAUCACACAUCUAUCUGUGGAUCUUGAUGUAGUAGGGAUUGAUAAUGCAGUGAAUGUAAUAGAGUGGACACUUGCGGAGAUGUUAAACCAAAGAGAGAUUCUUGAAAAAGCAGUGGAAGAAAUCGAUAUGGUUGUCGGAAAAAACAGACUUGUUCAAGAAUCAGACGUACCAAAUCUAAACUACAUCAAAGCUUGUUGCAGAGAAACUCUCAGACUUCACCCUACUAAUCCUUUCCUUGUCCCUCACAUGGCUCGUCAAGACACAACUCUCGCUGGUUAUUUCGUCCCCAAAGGCAGUCAUAUUCUAGUGAGUCGUCCUGGUGUUGGUCGAAACCCUAAGACAUGGGACGAACCACUCAUGUACAAGCCCGAACGCCACCUAACCGGCAAUAAAGUGGUGUUAACCGAGCCAGACUUACGACUUGUUUCAUUUGGAACCGGUAGGCGAGGCUGCGUUGGAGCUAAGCUUGGGACCUUUAUGAUUGUUACGUUGUUGAGUAGGCUUCUUCAAGGGUUCGACUGGACCAUUCCUCCAGAUACGUUGGACAAAGUCGAGCUAGUCGAGUCGAAAGAAAACAUGUUCAUGGCUAAGCCUCUAUUGGCUUGUGUGGAGCCAAGAUUAGAUUCUAACAUGUACCCGAAACUCAAGACCACACAAGUCUUUUAA